AUGGAGUUGUAUUUGCCUAGUGAGCUACUGCUGGAAAUCUUCUCCUAUCUGGAUGCUUUCAGUUUGCUACAGGUUGCCCAAGUGAACAAGUACUGGAAUGCAAUUUCAAGCAGUGAUAUCCUGUGGAAGAAGUUGUGUGUGAAGAGAUGGCUCUUCUGUGACAGUGUCACUCUACAGCUCCUGGGUACAGAGACAUGGAAGCAGUUCUUCGUUUACCAAACAUGGCAAGAACACACCAAGUCCCGGGCAAAGCCGGAAGUUUUCAGUUACAAGGAAAUUCAUGUGGAGUCUGGAAUUUGGGGAUCUGCAUGUUAUCUCUCAGGGCGUGGCUUAACAAGAAUCCAACAAGACAGAUCAGUUGUCUGUAUGGUGAGUUCCCAGGACAAGAUUUCCACCUGGGAUAUUCAUGAG